AUGUCAACUGAACCAGGAGCUACAGCUCCUCCUCCAGCUUCUACUGGAGCUCAAGUUCCAAAACCUAAGAAGAAGUCCAGUUCAAAGAACUCUUCUGAAGCAUCUCCAGCUCCAGCUGCUGCUGAAGGUGAAGAAAAACCAAAGAAAAAGAAGAAGGCUAAGAAACCAAAAGCUCCAAAGGACGCUGAAGGUGGUGAAACAGAAACUUCUAUCUCUACUGCUACUCCCCCUACUAGUGCAGAGGGAGAAAAGAAACCAAAAAAGGCUAAGAAACCAAAGAAAGCUAAGAAGGAUUCUGAAGUUAGUGAAGAAGGUUCUGUAACUCCAACAACUGAAGAAGGUAAAAGUGAAAAGAAAUCAAAGAAGACUAAGAAGGAUAAGAAACCAAAGAGUACAGCUUCUUCUGAAGCACCAGCCGAUAAUGAAACUACUACUGCUGAAAAGAAGGCUAAGAAGGAUUCUGAAGUUAGUGAAGAAGGUUCUGCAACUCCAACAACUGAAGAAGGUAAAAGUGAAAAGAAAUCAAAGAAGACGAAGAAGGAUAAGAAACCAAAGAGUACAGCUUCUUCUGAAGCACCAGCCGAGGAUGAAACUACUGCUGCUGAAAAGAAGGCUAAGAAGACUAAGAAGGCCAAAAAACCAAAGGAAGAUAAGAAAGGAACUUCUGUUGCUGCUACCUCUACUUCUGUUCCCGGUACAGCCCCAUCCCAAUUAAACAUCCCAGUUUCAAGUGAAGCUUUUGAUUUAACUCACGUUAAACCAUCUAAGGAAGCUCCAUCUGAAGAAAAAGAUGGUUUCAAAUUACACCCAAGAGUUGAUUACGGUACCAAAGGUACUAAAGUUGAUAUUUUGACUAACCAUAUCUUAAUGGCUGUUGGUGAUGAUGCCAGUCCCGAUGAAAGAUCUUCUGAAUUGGACCCAUGGUGGAAAUCUGCGUUUAUCUUCACUUAUCGUAUUGAUUUUAAUCCACCUCCUCCAUCUGGUCCACGUAGAGGACCUCCACCUGCUUUAUCUAAACCAAAAAAAUUCGAAUUAUUAGAAGCUUUAUUCCAUGAAGAUGAAACUUUAUAUAAAUAUAAAGAUCGUAUUGCUUUCAAUGGUGAAGAUACUUUAUACUCUCAUGUCCCAUUAGAAGAAUUCACGUUAUUUGAUGGCUGUUGGGACGUUAGUAACAAACAAAAAAAGAAGAAGGCUACUGUUGCUGGUUUAAAUACAAAAUCAGCUGAAGAAUUAGAUGAAUUAACUUCUCAAAUUACAUUGAAAUUUGUUGCUAAAGUUGGUUUAGCUGAUAUUUACAAAGCUACCACCUCUAAAAACCCGGAAGAACAAGAAAAUAAAAUGGCUAACACUGAUAAAGCUGUCCUAUUGUCAUUAAUGGGUGUUAAAUUCUUAAACACUGACGAACAAAUUUAUCAAUUGAACGGUAAUAAGUUCUUCAUUUUCAAUGAACGUACUAUUGCUACUCCUUUCCAAAUUGGUGGUUUCUUAAUGCAUGGUUUCACAGUUUCCUUAAGAUAUGCGUAUGGUUCUGUCUUAUUAAAUGCCAUCAAUGUUUGCUUACCAUUCGUUAAAUGGACCAAAUAUUUACCAGGUGAUCCUAAAUUCAAAGAAAAUGCUAAGACUCAAUACUCUUUACUUGAUUGGAUUAUUGAAUGUUAUCAACAAGCUAAUUCAAGAAGAGGACAAAAGCCAAGAGGUCCACCAACUUCUAAGGACAUUAACUUUUUUGUCGACAAAAAUAGAGACAUUCAAGAUUUAUUGAAAGGUUUGAAAGUUUAUAGACCUUAUAUCAACUAUAGUGUCAAUCCAGAUGGUACUCCAAAACCACCAAGAAGAAUGCAACCAAAGGGGAUUGUUGGUUUCGCCCGUGAAACACCAGAUUCUUUGAAAUUUAGAACUUUACCAAGUGACAUGGAAAAGAAUGGUGUUCCAAAACAAGGUGAAAAGGAAAUCAUGGUAACUACUACUGCUUAUUUCGCUAAGAAAUACGAUAUUAAAUUGAAAUACCCAGAUGUUAAGAUGGUCAGUUUAGGUGGUAAGAACGUUGUUCCACCUGAAUGUUUAAUUAUUGUUCCAGGUCAAAAAUUAAAGGGUAUGGUUACAGAUGAAAAGGAAAUGAUUGAAUUCACUGCUUUGAGACCAGAAAAGAAGUUUAGAGCUAUCACUAAUCUAGCCUUACCAGCUAUCAAGAGAGCUUUAUCCACUGAAGAAGAAAAUGCUAAGGCUCCUCAUGAUACUGAAUACAGCUUCUUAAAGGUCCCAUCUCGUGUCAUUGAUGCCCCAGUAGUUCAAUUCAAAGAUAGUACAGUAGAAUAUGUUGAUAAGCCUUUUGGUACCAAGAAUGGUAAGAACAACCAUGAAGAAACAAAAGGUAAUUGGAAUUUAAAAGAACAUGAAUUUAUUUCUACUCCAGCUGAACCAAUGAAUUUAAGAGCCAUUUUCAUUAAUGAUUCUGAUAAUUCUCCGCCACUAUCCGUCAUGGAUGAUUUGAAGGCUUCUUUGGCUCAAUUCUCUUCUGAUGUUGCUGAUGUUGGUGUUCAUUUCGACACUAGUCAAGCUCCAAUCUUGAUUAACAGCUUCAAUGCACCAGCUAAGAAAGUUACCGGUGGUGGUGGUAGAGGUCGUGGUAGAGGCCGUGGUGGUAGAGGUGGCCGUGGUGGCAGAGGAGGUUUCGGUGGUGGCCGUCCAGUUACCACUUGGGAACUUACUCCAGGUGAAGAAAAAUUAUCUCAAAUGUUGGAAAAGGUCCCACCAAAGACUUACGUCCUGUUUGUCUUGGGUCGUGCUAAUGACUCUGGUAUUUACAAUAGAUUGAAAUAUUUAGCUGAUUUGAAAUAUGGUGUUCUAAAUAACUGUGUUAUUUGGAAUAACUUUAGAAAACGUUCAGUUCAAUAUAACGUUAAUGUUGUUAUGAAGAUGAAUUUGAAAUUAGGUGGUAUCAACCAUUCUUUGAGUCCAAAUGAUAUAUCACUUUUGAAAGAAAAGGAAACUGGUUUACCCUUCUUAGUCUUAGGUGCUGAUGUUACUCAUUACCCAGAAAAGGAUCAAAAUUCUAUUGCUGCCAUGGUCGGUUCCUUUGAUGAUAAAUUUGCUCAAUUCCCAGGUAACUAUUUGCUACAAAGUGGACCUGGUGAAGAAAUCAUUGCCGGUAUUGGCAACAUGGUUUUGAACAGAUUGAAAUUGUAUCAAGAACAUAACAACGGUAAAUUACCUCCAAAGAUUUUAUUUUACAGGGAUGGUGUUUCUGAAUCACAAUUCUCUCAAGUUGUUCAAAUCGAAGUUAAAAAUCUAAAGGAAACUAUUAAGAAAGUAGGUACUAAAUUGAAUAACGGUGUCGCAUACAACCCACCAAUUACUACAAUUUGUGUUGUUAAAAGAAACCAAGUUAGAUUUAUGCCAUUAGAAGAAAAUGCCAUCAAUGAAAAGGGUGAAGUUGCCGCUGUUCAAUCAUUCGGUAAUAUUAUGCCAGGUACCGUUGUUGAUCGUGGUAUUACAUCAAGUGCUCAUUUCGAUUUCUUCUUACAAUCUCAACAGCCAUUGAAGGGUACUGGUGUUCCAUGUCAUUACUGGUGUGUCUACGAUGAAAACCAAUUCGGUUCUGAUUACUUACAACAAGUUACUCAUGCUUUAUGUUACUUAUUUGGUAGAUCCAGUACAAGUAUUAAGGUUGCUUCCCCAGUUUACUAUGCUGAUUUGUUAUGUGAACGUGCUGCUCAAUACUUUAAGGCCAACUUUGAUAUUGCUCAAUUUGAAUUCUCUAAAGAAAGAAAGCACAAAGAUGAUAUUAUCCCAGCCGGUAAAUUACUACAACAUGUCCAUGACGAGGUUAAGGAUAUAAUGUACUAUAUCUAA